AUGAAGUUCUCUAUCGCCAUCACAACACUUGCUUCAGCCAUGAGCAUAUCUGCCUCUCCUCUAUCAUUUCUACGUAAAAGAGAGUUUGGAGGUGUCUUACUAUGUACAGGUGCCAACUCAACAGGCACUUGCUCCUAUGAGGUGUACGAGCUCGACAAAUGCCAUCAACUUAAAGCACCUUUCUAUCAAAACACAACCACUUUUUCUCCAGAUGGCGAAGAGUUUUACUGCUACCCGCGUACGACCAAUUGCACCGACAGCUGUAGGAGUCCCACAGGAUGUACCUUUGGCUCGGUAGAUUACAACUACGAAAACAAGAACAAUUUAACUGCCAUCAAGUGGAACACCCUCAUCAGCAGCUUUGACUGUACACGCAGAUAG